AUGACAGGUGGUGGUGAAUCAAUGACAAGUAUGCGUACGUCGGAAAUGAAAUUACAAGAGGAGAAACGUCGUUUAGCAUUAUUACAAGAAUCAUUAUCUCGUUCAAAUACUUUAACAAAUGGUAUGGUUGCAACAUUAGAUAAUUUUGAACGUAAAUUAAAAUCAUUAGAUGAACUUGUUACACCUGUUUAUGAAGCAACAAAUGAAUUAAGUUUAUUAUUAAAUAAUGUUGAUAAAAGUUUAUUAUUAGUUGAUUCUGUUUUACAUUAUUAUGAUAUAUGUGGUGAAUUAAAACCAACUGUAUCAUCUGGUCCUGGAGGAAAUUUAACAGAUUAUUUAGCUGAAUUAGAUCGUCUUGAAGAUGCUGUUAAAUAUUUUAAACGUGUUACAGCUGUUGCAGAACGUGAACGUGUUACACAAUUAUAUGAUCUUGGAAGAAAACGACUUGUGGAAGAAACUGAUAAACUUAUUUUACGAUAUGCUAAUCCAUUAUCACCAAAAGAAGUUAUUGAAUUAUGUGAAACAAUAGGUACAACAAAUAAAAAUGAUAUUCAUUCAAUGCAAGAAGCUGAUAUGGCUACAUUACGAGCAAUAAUUGAAUGGUUUAGUUUACAUGGUUUUCGACAAGGUCUUAUUGAUUCUUAUGCAAUUAAAAGAGGUACAAUGAUUCGACGUUCACUUCAACUUCUCGAUGAACAUGUAAGAAAAACUUCAAUUCGUCGUGCAUCAACAAUGUUAGUGACCUCAAGUCCAACUAUGUCUCAACAUGGACAAUCGAGUUCAGAUACAUUAAGAAAACAAGGAAGAAGAUUAGGUGAAAUGAGUCGUCGUUUAAUACGUUCACCAGCUACAAGUACAUUACCACGUGGUAUGAAUUCUCCAUUAUCAUCAUCAACAACAGCCAUGGAUGAUACAGUUAUUAUUGAAACAAGUGAUGAUCAUGAUACAAAUAAUUAUAAAUUAUUACUCGAUGCAUUUAUUGCACUUUUACAACGUGAUCGAGAUUUAUUAAAUUAUGUUUUUCCACAAGAAUUACAAUCAUUUGUAUUUACAAAAUUAAUUGAAUUACCAUUAGUACAUAUGCGUGAAGUUGCAGGAAAUUUAUGUGAAUCAAUUGAACGUUUACCACAUAAAUUAGAUGCAGGAAAAUUUGCUGUUUAUGGAAUAUUUUCUAUUUUAAAAUGGUUUCUCAAAUCUCGACCAACAUUUUCAAAACUUUAUCAAGUAUAUUUUCGUCAUCAAGUAAUACAAAUGCGAGCUGGUGCAACUGGCAGACCAAAAACAAAAAGAACAAAUUGUGUACAACGUCGUAUUACUACUCUUGCUGAUCAUUAUUCAAAUGAUGAAAUCAAUUUAGGAGAAUAUUUAGAGGGUUUAUCAAUACCAUGUGUUAUGCCGAGAACAAUGCGUCAAUCAUGUUUAGAUAAAAUUGAAAAUAUUUGUCAAGUCUAUCAAAUAAUAAUUGCUGAUGAUCAAACUCGUUUACUUCUUGCUCGUUUUCGUCUAUGGCCACUCGUAUUCAUACCUCGAACUGCAGACAUGGGCGAUUUUCUAUAUGUUGAUGAGGUCAUAUGGAAUGAUCCUCAUUCACUCUUAGAUACAACAAAUACAACGACGACUAGUCGAAAUUCGACUAUACAAUAUACUUUAAUUCGACCUUAUUAUGGACAAAAUCCAACGUUAUCAUCGUUCUUUAUCGAUUUACUUCAAGUUAAACAACAACCAACACUUGAAGAUUAUCUGCCAUUAUUAUCAAAUGUAACCAAUAAAACAAAAGAUUAUAUUUGGCGAUGUAUUGAUGUCAUAACACGUCUUGCAUUUGCCCAAAAUAGUCAAAAAUUAGUUCUAGAUAAAUGUGCCAAUUGGACUUUUAUUCCAUGCUUGGGUACAGAAAAUAAAUUCUACAAAUACGAUGAUCCACUCUUCUAUCCACACGACAUGGAUAUUGCUCGUCUAUUUACAGAUACAUUGUUGAUUGUCAAUCCAUCAGGUAGGAGUAAAGUUCCAUGA